CUGUACCCAGAUGUUGAAAACAUUGCUCAGAAACUUGCAGUUUGCGAGGUUCACAGUGCUGCACUGAACAAACUCUAUAGGACCGAAAUGGACUGGUAUGGAAUUCUUCAGACAGAGAAACUCUCCGAAGAAGCAGUCAUUAGAAAACAGUACAGAAAGCUGGCACUACUACUUCAUCCCGAUAAAAAUAAAUUUGCUGGUGCAGAAGCUGCUUUCAAGUUGAUUGGGGAAGCCAAUGGGGUGUUGAAUGACCAAACAAAGCGAAUUUUACAUGAUAUGAAAGUUAGAGCCCAUUUACAAGAAAUGAAAGUCAAAGGCAAUUUGAAAGUCGUGGUACCUAACACCUCAUCUCAUCACUCAAAUGGGAAUGUGUUUGCUGCAAAUCAAGUUCCAAAUGCUACAAAACAUCGGAAAAAUAUUUCUUCAAAUGUCCCUUGUGAUCCUAAUCUGAAGCUUCAGACAUUCUGGACAGCUUGCAAUCACUGUAAUACCAGGUUCCAGUUCUACAUAUAUGUUAAGAAUAGAGCCUUAGUCUGUCAAAAUUGUAAGAAAAGCUUUAUAGCUUUUGGUAUAAGUCAACAGACUACCUCAUCAUAUGUACCAUUUGGUGCCCCGAAAGUGGUUCCUACGCAGGUUCCACCAAAUCCAGGGUCUACAAGUAAAGAUGAAAAACCCCUUGGCGGUGGAAGCAACCUACAGCAUGCCAUGAGUAAACCAAAACAUAAAUUGUAA